UUCCCCUUCAUUGUGGCGUUUGUAAGUUCCUAAAAUGUGAAUUCAGAAUGAGGCAACAUCUUCCUAUAGGAAGACUAUAAAUGAGGCAACAGCAGAUGUUGGAGACGCAGAUCGCACAGAACACGGAAUUGAGCUUGUUCACAGCGUGCCAUGAGGGGGACUGAAAAUCUGGAGAUGGAGCCAGAUCAACUUUGUGAGGACAAUAUUUAUGCCAACACAUGUGAUCUCGAUGUACGGAGGACGAGGAAUAGGUCAACAGCCAAAGAGAUUCUGGCUGUCAGGAGUAGGAAGUACCGGGUGAUACUGAUCCUGGGGGUCCUCCUUAUAUUGGCUUUCCUAAUUUUGUUCAUCCUCACCGGUGUCCUCUUCAAUCACUACAAAAGUAUCAGAGGAGAAAUUUCUCAGAUGAAUGACAAAAAAAUUGAAGACGCAAUUUCACAACUGAAGAGUAAUGAUAAGAAAAUUGAAGAGGAAAUGUCACAACUGAAAGAUAAAAUUAUUGAAGAAGAAAUGACACAACAGAAGGCUAAUUAUAAAAAUAUUGAAGAUGAAAUUUUACAGCUGAAGAGUAAAGAUUCUGGAUUGACAAAGGAUGUAUCUGAUCUGCAGAAAUCAGUUGCCAACAUAACGGAUGAUCUGAACAAGAUAAAAUUGAUUAUAAAUAAAGAGGCUUCCUGCACCAGCUGCCCCAGUGGAUGGCAACUAAUUAAAUCCAACUGCUACUAUAUCCAGGCCAAUGGAGAAACCUGGACGAGGAGUCGGGAGGAAUGUGACAAGCGUAAUGGCGUCAUGCUGAUCCUGAAGGACAAAGCUGAGCUGGAUUCUCUUGUGCCAACCAUAGGAAGUGGGAGAUACUGGAUAGGACUGAGGAGGGACAGUGGAGAUAUCAAUCGUUGGCUGUGGGCAGAUGGGAGCCAUCUUACAUUCAGUCCCUGGAAUACGGGAGAACCCAACAAUGACAAAGGCCGAGAACAUUGCGCAGAGAUCCUAGGAGGGUCGCAAUCAAUGAAUGACCGGGACUGUGAGGACAAGCUUGGCUACAUAUGUGAGAAAGCAUGGACCUGCUGAGAUAUAUAGCCGACUAUACCAUACCUGUGAAAAGCAUAUCUCACCUGUUUAUUGUCUGUCCCUUACUGUCUGCAGCCAUAAUAGUAACAGGAGGUUGGGUUCUGGUAAGGUUCAGCAAUGAAGUCUUGCGUGGUGAGCGUGCAUACAGGCCAUGGCGGUUGAGCGCAUUACUUAUUGUUUUCUUUGGAACAAUUGUACCUGCUAAUUCCAGGUCUUCCUGAAGCUCUCCACAAGUGGUCCUUGGCACUUGGACAACUCUUCUGAUAAUUAUUUUCACUCCUCUUGCGAGGAGCACCCAGUCGUGGCCAGUUCAUGGUAAAAUGAUGUUCUUUCCACUUCCGGAUUAUGGCCCCAACAGUGCUCACUGGAACAUUUUGAAGUCCUUCUGUAACCAAUGCCAUCAGUAUGUUUUGCAUCAAUAAAUUUGAGAACGUCUUGAUAGAGCUCUUUGCUUUUACCCAUCAUGAUAAGUUUAUUGUGUGACGCCUUGGUAAUGAGACCACACCUCCCAACUUUUUGAGAUGGGAGUGAGGGAGGACUGUCAGCAAAACAAGACACACCCCUUGCCACACCCCCUUAAAGGAGAAUUGUAUAAAAAAACAAGAUUGGUUAAACCCACAAGUGUUUUUUACCACUACUAUUCCUUUAUUUUGGCUAUAGGAACUUCCGCUCACCGGGUUCCUCCCCUCCUCCGGUGCCACAAUUGUCACCU